AUGGAUAAGAAAAUUAAAGCAGUGCAACUGAAAAAGAGGAUCGCCCUGGAGAACAUAAAAUCGCUGGAACGGUUCCAGGCGAAAUAUUCGAGUGAUGAUGCCAAGCAGAUUCCGGAGGUGUUAGAAGAUCUGGCGAAACAUAAGGAAGAGUUUUUCACCGCAGUUUCGAAACUGGAAGAGCUUGAAGAUAAAGACGAAGCGGUCGAAGCCAGCAUAAUGGAACGGAUCGACAUUGAAGAACGCUGUCGCAAGCUAGAAUCAUUUCUACGGGAAAGACAGCCAAAGGAAGAAGGUUCGCUCAACGAUACAACGGGCUUGGCUUCCUCAACGCUUGCAUUCGGUCGACCCCACGCGCCAAAUUUACGUUUGCCCAAAAUCGAACUUCCAACAUUUGACGGAGAUCACACAAAAUGGCUUUCUUUCCGAGAUCGCUUCAUCGCAAUGAUCGACGCUUCAGCCGAGCUUCCAUCUAUCGCGAAGCUACAAUACUUACUGUCAUCGUUGAAGGGGGACGCGGCGGUACCCUUCGAGCAUACACCUUUAACGGCGGACAACUAUUCGGUUACCUGGGCGGCGCUUCUUAAACGGUACGACAAUUCUCGUCUUUUGAUUCGCGAAUACUAUCGCAAAUUGCACUACCUUCCGGGAGUGCAAUUGGUGUGCGUUGACAAGCUCACGCACCUGGUGGAUGAAUUCACCCGCUUCGUCAACGGGUUGAAAAAGCUGAACGAACCGGUUGACUCGUGGGACACACCCCUCUCAAACAUGCUGCUGAUGAAGUUGGAUCGAGAGACAUUGUUGGCUUGGGAGAAACAUUCCGUGCACUUCACGACGGACAAAUAUAAGGAUGUGAUCGACUUCGUGCAAGAUCGUAUCCAAAUCUUGAAAUCGACCAACAACUUCGUGAAGGAUCAAGCAGCUAGUGGUAUCAAGGUGGCCGGUCUCAUUCGUCAACCAGGGCAACGGAGAUUCAUCGCGAAUGCAGCUACAUCUCGCUCGGCUCCUGCUGCAUCGACUGCGCACACCCAACAGCCAAAGUGUCCAUUGGAGUGUUCCGAAGACCACACACUGCGCAACUGUCCAGUGUUCAUCGCCAAGGAGGUCCAACAGCGACGGGACGUCGUCGCAUCGAAGCGGCUGUGCUGGAACUGUUUGAGCAGCAAUCAUCAGGUUAGAGCGUGCAAGUCGGAUUAUUCGUGUCGCACGUGUCGUGAGCGUCAUCACACACUUCUACAUCAUUCACCACCCUAUGCUCCACCCGCAACGGUAACAUUGUCAGCUCAGUCGAAUGAAGACAAUGUGUUUCUGGCGACGGCAAACAUCCAGAUCAAGGAUGACUACGGGAACACCCAUGAAGCAAGGGCGUUGUUGGAUUCGGGAUCCAUGUCGAAUUUCAUCGCUGAGGAGUUCGCACGGAAACUGCUGACGAGUCGCAAAAGGGUCAACGUCGCUGUAUCGGGCAUCGGCAAUGCAGUACAGCAGAUCAAGGGUUCCAUCGUCGCUACCGUUCAGUCCAAGACACAACCCUUCGCAACGGAGAUGACUUUCUUGGUUCUGGACACGCCAUCCGCAAACAUCCCUACAUCACCAACGGACGUCUCUUCAUGGAAAAUGCCGGACGUGGCAUUGGCGGACAGCACCUUUAACAGUCCGGGGCAAAUCGACAUCGUCAUCGGAGGCGAUACGUUCUGGGAGCUCCACACCGGUCGCAAGUGCUCUAUCGGUAGAGGCAAACCGUGGCUGGUCGAAACCCACUUUGGUUGGGUUGUCACCGGCAACACUCAUCAUUCGUCAGUCGGUCCGCGGCUGUGCCAUCUAUCUGCAUACGACACCCCACUGGAGGAGACCAUGCAGCGGUUCUGGGAGAGUGAAACCAUAGCCGAGGAUCCUGUGCUAUCGGUUGAGGAGAAUGCUUGCGAGAAGCAUUUCGCAGCAACAACUGUUCGCAACUCAAGUGGAAGGUAUGUCGUUAGUUUGCCAUUUAACUCCAACCCUAAUAUCGUUUUAGGAGAGUCGAAGGAAAUAGCCGAUCGCAGACUGCGUUCUAUCGAACGGCGGUUGAACACCAAUGCUAAAAUGAAAGAAGAGUAUGUGAAAUUUAUGAAAGAAUAUGAGCAUUUGGGGCAUAUGAAGCGGCUUACCAGUCCUGCAAACGAUUCGGUAGAGCAUUACUACCUCCCACAUCACGCUGUCGUUAAAGAGUCAAGCACAACCACGAAGGUGCGUGUCGUGUUCGAUGCAUCCUGUAAGACUUCGAGUGGUUACUCAUUGAACGAUAAACUCUUAGUGGGACCAGUCGUUCAAGAAGAUCUUUUAUCGCUUAUCCUUCGGUUUCGUUCUCGUGCCAUUGCUCUCACUGCAGACGUAGAGAAGAUGUAUCGGCAAAUUUUACAUAGCCCUCAUGAUCGUAACUAUCUACGCAUCCGGUACAGAGAACAUCAUGCAGAUCCUAUAUCGACCUUUGAGCUACAGACGGUUACGUACGGCACAGCCUCUGCUCCAUUUUUGGCAACCAGGACCCUCAAACAGAUUGCUCUUGACCACAAGGAAGAGUAUCCUUUGGCAAUGAACGCGGUCAUGAACGAUUUUUACGUAGAUGAUUUGCUAACGGGUACCGAUGAUUUGUCCGAAGCAAUCGUUAUACAAAGGCAAAUCUCAGACAUGCUAAAUUCAGCUGGUUUCACGCUGAAGAAAUGGGCAUCGAACCGCUCCGAAGCAUUGAAGAACGUUCCUUCAGAAGAUGUGGCGGUACAACUCUCGCACGAGUGGAAGAGCUCGAAACAAGUAUCCACACUAGGCAUCGUUUGGGAACCGGCAACUGAUACACUACGGUUUCGUAUUGAGAUACCACCUACAACACCCAGCAUGACGAAAAGGUUAAUUUUGUCAUAUAUCGCCAAGAUAUUUGAUCCCCUCGGGCUACUGGGCCCAACGAUCAUCAUCGCAAAGAUGUUCAUGCAGCAACUAUGGGCUCUCAAGAUUCAUGGAAAGUCCCACGGUACAUAUCGCAAUGCACGGCAACAAGUCUGCAAAUUCAUAUCUUUGCUGACGCAUCACAACUAG